AUGAGUUUGGCAUUCAAGAUUAAAAAAAAUAAGAGAAAAUCGGGGAACGGUGGAAGAAAUGCAAAACGUAGGAGUGCAAAAGAUCGAAUGAAACCGAUGUGGCUGCAUGUAGUGACAGUGGCGGUGGCCUGUGGAGGUGGAGAUGGCGGUGGUGGUGGUGGUGGUGGUGGUGGUGGUGGAGUAGUGGGCCAAGCUGACGACGUGGUCGAUGGCAGGAAAUUAAAGUAUUUCCAAUAUACUCCGAUUGUCUGUAAAUUUACCGGUUAUUCGCAUCAUCUCUCACUCUCGCUUAUAAUUUCUAUUAACCACGACGUCGAAGACGACGAGAACGAGAACGAGAACGAGAACGAGAACGAGAACGAGAACGAGAACGAGAACGAGAACGAGAACGAGAACGACGACGACGACGACGACGCAGAAUAG